AUGAAGAACGAUAUUCACAAGACAUUCGGCGAGAUCUUCGAUGGCGAUAUCACGGCUUUCCGCAAGCAACUGCUGGAGAUCCAACACAUCCAAGCUGAUCGGAAGAAGGCUGAAGACUGGGUAUCGAAACUUCGCUUCUUAGAUAUUUCCAAAGUCCCAAACCUACUGGACGAGGAAGUCCAACAAUAUGUCUCCUACGAGUAUCUCGAUGACCCGUGGCUUGAUCCAGAGAUACCGUCGCAUGAAAUCCCUGUUACAGAGCGCGAAGAUGACGACAGCGAGGUUGAAUACAUUGCUGUCUCUUGGAAGUGGGAUGAACGCCAUCAUGGCCGUCUAGAUUAUGCAACCAAGCCACCUAUCUUCGAAUACCAAAUCAAGAGACCUGAUGCCCCAGCCCAUAAAAGUAGCUUUCCAGGCCGCUAUAUGGAUCGAGUAAUUCGAUUCGCCCAGAGCAAGAGCAUCAACGCGUCCAAAUUAUGGAUUGACAAGGAAUGUAUAUAUCAGAGACGCGAAGACGAACACAUCUUCUCAGAAGACAAAGAGCUUGGUGUUCAGAUCAUGGACGUUGUGUAUGGCGGCAGCACCUUGUCAGUUGGCUUACUUACGGUGGAGCUUGCACACGAGCACGAAAUUGACCUCCUAUCGAAGCUGCUUCAAGGCGAAAUAUUUGCCAAUCCCAGGUCCCAAAGCUCGCCAGGACUGGGACCCGAAGUUGACAAGAGGGCAGUACAGAUGCUCAUCCUGCGUAUCUUGAGCGAUCCACGCUGGUCGCGCGGAUGGAUCUUCCAGGAAGAUCAUUUGGCUUCCCAUCGGAUGAUCCUGCUGAUACCAUGUCCCCGAGGUAUUCGCAAAGAUCGCGGAUACAACUUUGGUGAUACCAUGGGGGAAUUACAAGUCAGACUCAAGGAUUUCCGACAAUCUGUGACCAUGUUUUGCGAGGCCACCUACAAGGAUCAAGGACGAUGGCCGAAUACUGAGUUUUUGGGAAAGGCAAAACAGUACAACAUCUGCAAUAAGCGCCUCGUAUUUGGGGGACCGGGUAUCCCUCAGGUCUCCCGGCGUCUUUGGAGGGAUGAUGCCAGCGACGAGAGCAACCCUAGAGUUGAAGCCUACCCCACCACCACUAACAGCGUACUGGAAGACAUUUGCAACCGAUCACUGGAGUAUGAGGAGGACAGGAUCGCCAUUCUUGCAAACGCUUUGAGGUUCAAUAAGCGACUAAACCUCGCAAAAGAUUCUCCCUUGCUCGAGGUGGGCCAAUACAGCCUCUCUGUAGCACUGCUCGCACUUGUGCUUAUGAAUGGUGAGAUUCUGGACGAUGUGUCGUUGCAGAAAGAUCUGAUGACAUUCACAUUGCAAUCAUAUCUAGAUGCAUGUCAAAACAGAUUCGUUGUUCCUAACCUCAGAUACCGGCAGAGUUUCGUCGACCGUUGCCGUUUCAGGUCACCAAUCAUCACACCUCGUGGUCUUGAAACGAAAGGCUUCCUGUUCACGCUACUGCCUAAAAGGCCAUCAAAGGAUAGAGCACAUAGAUACAACCCUCUCCUCCUUACAACCUCGGAUCGAAAAGCCCUGUCGCCAAUGGGCGGAGGUCCAAUGCUUGGAGGCAAGAAGCUGAACAAGAAUGCACACACAGUAUUGAAUCUGGUGGUCCGGAAGCUGGAGGCACUAUGGCCAGGUAGUAAGCUCGCCAGGCAUAUGCUGCGGCACUUAUCCUUUGACCAACGUCAGCGACAAGGGGAAGUCGUACCGCCGUCUGCAUCAUAUGUAUUGGAUAUGAUGUCCGUCCUUUAUCAAGCUCUUUGUGAGGACGAUCAAAAGCUACGUCUCGCGCGAUUAGCUUCGGCUCCUUUCGACGGAGAGCCUGUUGCCAUCUUUAUUGAGCCGACGCCGGACGGCUGGAUAAUGGAGUCUCCAGACACCAAAACACAAGACGGGAAGCCGAUUCUCGCCAACGUAUUUACCAGCUGGGACGCCACGCGAAAGCCCUACAACAAAGACCGGGUCGUGAGCUUAUCAGUCGCUAUAGAAGAUGGCAAGGGCACAAGACAGAGCUGGGACAGCCGGACUUGUUACAUGGAAAAUACGGGAUGGAAGCAAACGAGCGUAUCACUUGCUUCUUCACCGCUCUCCAAGAACCGGCACCGAUCAUUCAACCAAAGCAUGUCUUCCCAGACUAAAAAGCUCGUCCUGAAAUUCACUCUUACCCCGCUUACAUACCUGUUCACUCACAUCAACUCGCUCUUUCAAUCGCAGCGUAGGGCAUGGAAAGACUUCGCCGACAAUGCUCCGGAUCCUGCUCUUGUAAACCUGAUCAAUGGCCCCAUGGAGGAUACUGGAAGACUGCUGAACAUGACACAAAACUUUCUGCGAAAGCUCAUCGACUUGGCAGAGAUCAAACUGAAGCAGGUAGAAACGGAAGCACAAAUAGCCGGUGCAGAAUGGCUCGACAACCCGACCGAUCCCAUGAACAACGCCAAAUUCCUCAUGGCGAGAAAGAUUCAUAGCGAAUACGCAAAGCAUAUGAGGGAGGCUUGGGAUGUUGGGUUAAAAAUCAUUCCUGGAAUACAGGCGAGAUUUGACGAUAUGGAGGAUACGCUCGAGAAGCUCGCUGUGCUCAUACCAAUCGAGGAGCUGGCGCUGCCACUUGAGCCGUUCGUAGUCAAGGCAUUAGAGAUCAACGACAGGAUGUGGAUAUUUGCAAUCAGAUUAUUGGGCAUCGUGCGGACGGUUGAUAUCCCCCUCGGUGUUGCGACUGUGGCUGUCAACGUCGAAAAGUACCCAGAAGCGGACAAACUUGCGCGAGCAAGAUACAAAUUUGGGGACUACUGA